CGUACAUACACGUUGUCACUAGGAAAGUCCAAACUUCUGCGAUCACAGUCUCCCGCGCGACGAAGAAGUUCCAACCCAACCCAACCAAAACGAAACCAACCAGCCAUGUCCCGCAGUUCGAGGGGAAAACGCAAGAGCGAGGAAAAUGAGCUUGAGACUGGCUCGGAGCCGCAGGAAGACGAAGGGCCAGCCUGCCAGUCGUGCCGCAAGCGCAAGGCAAAGUGCACCCGAGAACAGCCAUGCACUCUCUGCGUCCGGUUCGGGGUUGAGUGUCAGUAUGACGAGUCGAAGACCAAGCCGGGGGUGAAGGCAGGAGUCGUCGAGUCGUUGUCUCAACGGCUAGAUGCUCUGGAGAAGAUGUUUAUUGGCCAGAGCCUUCUUAUGAGACAGCUACUUGCUUCUACUACGCAGUUAACGCCGUUGAACAUGGCGGUCAUCACGCCACAACCUACCGGCACGGCACAGCAGAGAAUCACAGCUGAAGUCGCUUGCUUGAAAAGAGACCUAAUGGACGCAUACUCAAAUUCGGCUGACAUCGAUAAUGCAAACCCUGUACCUCAAAAGAUUCGUAGACAGCACUCCGGGAAUACUGGUAGUCCGUCUACGCCGAAUAGGAUGGACGGCUCUAGCGAAGCAGGCGAUGUUCGGGACAAUCCCACCAUACGGUCCAGAAAGCGAUCGAUAACCAAUUUCUUCGACGACCCGGAUCUUCCUCCUUUCGAUCUGAUGCAGCAACUUGUUGCGAUAUACUUCAAUACGAUACACCCCUGGAUACCAGUCAUACACCAGCAAUGCUUGCUUCGAAAACUCGACAGCCCCGCGGAACGAGACCAGCUUUCUACCAUCCUGUGUGCCAUCACUGUAGUCACGGUUAGGUUUUCUUCAGACCCCCGACUGGAACAGCAGGAGACGCGAGAACGGCUGUCGAAGAUCUGCCGGCAGAAUGUCAUCUUGAAAUGCAUGGAGAAUUUCUCGGUUGAAAACUUACAAGCUUUGAUCAUCGUAGCUUUUGACACGAUUGGAUCCGGAAGGGGCCCGAAAUCUUGGGCGAUAGUCGACUGCAUGUCUCGACAAGUCGAGCACCUCCAGCUGAGCUUUGAAGAUGAUUUUACAGAGCAGCAAGGCCAGUCGUACGGCACGGCCAAUGGCGCAAGCCAUCGCAUGAUACACCGCCUGUCCUUCCUUGGAAAACCGAGGAACUGGGUAGAGUCCGAAGAACGGCGGCGUGUAUUUUGGAAUGUCUUCCUGCUCGAUCGUUUCUGUAGUGUGUCGACAGGGUGGAAUCCAGGCCUAACUAGUGCAGACGCGCGCCGACGGCUACCUUGUGAAGGCGCUAUCUGGGAAGCCGAAAAGCCAGUGAAGACCCGAUACUUCGGAAUUGGAGAUAGCAGCCAGCCGGGAGGACUUCAGAGAUUCGACGCCCCUACAAAUAGUACGGCACAGAGUCCGGAAGAGGUUGCAUCACUAGGAGGAUUUGCGUAUUGCAUAGAAGCAACCGAGUCAUUGAGCCAAGUCACUCGGUUCUUUCUCCAACAAGCCGUCAAUCCGCAAAACAUCGAAGAUGUACAACACUGGCUGAUGCGCUUUAAAGAGCUUGACUUUGCGCUCGUCAAGUGGAAACUCUCACUGCCCCCGCAAUGGCGGGAGGCGACUGUUCGCGAUGCGGAACCCAGAAUGGAUCCGAAUCUCACACUGGCUCACAUCACACAUAACACUUCGGUUAUCCUUCUGCACCAAGGCAUCGCAUUUCCCACCGCUCAGUGGCAAGCCAGCGCCAUGAAACUGCCGCAGGCAAGCUCUGUUGACACGUGUGUGUCGGCUGCCACGGAGAUUUCAACCAUCACCCAGCAGUACCUCAUCCACAAUGCCGGCAUCACAAACCCACACUUUGCGUUCUGUCUGUUUGUGGCCGGAAGAUCGCUACUAGCUCAUUCAACAUACUAUCGCCUCGAGCUCCUCCCCGAAUUCCAUCUCCUAGUCAAGUCUCUCCUUGAGCUUUCAAACCGCUGGCAAGGUGUCUACGUCACCGAAAACGGAUCCGACAACCUCGCAAGCCGCUUUGCACGCAACCUGUUGAAUGCGCAAACGCAGGCAUCAGCAAAACACAACGGCGUGGACCUACGGCAACCCGCGUACUCUUCAGACACCAACCACACCACCACCACCGGCACCAUGAACGGGUGUUCCGGCUAUCUCGAGCUCGACAACCAGUAUAUACCAGCCUCAGAACCUCUCUCCCUCGCCUCGCCGCCGAUGCCCCUCGCGUUCCAAACGGACACGGCAUUCUAUGAGAAUUUCAUGCAGAGCAGCAAUAGUCCCGGGAGCAUGCACCAGCAACAUGUGCAAAUGGAGGCAGGGUUGAGUGCGGAGCAGAUGGCACAGAUAUCGAAUCUUUUUGCCGACCCGCAGUUCUUGGAAUUGGAUCGGGUGUUGAUGUAUAAUGGAGGACCUCUUUGAUGUUUUAAAGGUUUUCAUUUAGACUAGGAAGCAGUACAUUCUGCUGGGGAGAGGUGUGAAAUACUAUCAUAUUGGCCAUCAUACAUACCGCAG